AUGGCUCCCCAGAACAUUUCCGCCCAACCCACGGCUGCUCCUGCUAUGGAGAUGACGAUGCAACCCACCAUUGAGCAGGCUCAGUGCCAGAACCAAAAGCAAGGAUUUGCUGCUCGUAUUCGAGGAGGCGGAGCAGGCAAGGACUGUUUAAUGGGCGCUUUGGCGUGUUUCUUGUGCUGCGAGUGCUUUGAAGGCUGCUGCGAGUGCUUUGCCGAUAUCGUCGCUGUCCAUGUGAAAUGUGCUGCUAGAACAACCUAUGGCUAUUCUUUCGCAGAGUUCACUUCGCCCUCGACUUGGGCUUUCAUUGAGAGCAAGUUCACUCCAUUUGGGAAGGAAACUCUCGCGAAAGUAGUCGACUUUGUGCAGAACGAAUGUCUUCCUGCCGAAAAGAUCUUCCACGCCCAGAUCUCUACGGACCCUAAGCUACGAUGGGCUACCACACCCCAAUUCAAGGCGCACUAUCCUGACGUCGGUGUACCGUUGACAAAUGUCGAGUAUGCUGUGAUGGCUGAGAUUAUGGGCCGAGUUGGUCAACUUGCCAGCGAAUCUAUGAAUUGCUCUGCACCAGACACCGGAAACAUGGAGGUCUUCGCUCGCUACGGAACACCCGAACAGAAGAAGAAGUGGCUUGUGCCGCUCAUGAACGGCGAGAUCAGGUCAGCAUUCAGUAUGACCGAACGAUUCAUUGCUUCCUCUGACGCAACCAAUAUCCAAACAUCCAUUCGCCGCGAGGGAGACGAGAUCGUCAUCAACGGUGGAUUUCUGGGGCCUGGUGACCCACGUUGCCGUGUUCAUCUCGUUAUGGGCAAGUCUGACCCUAAGAAUCCUUCUCCAUACAAACAACAGUCUAUUGUGAUUGUUCCUGCGGAUGCACCUGGAGUGCGCGUUAUUCGUCCAAUGCAAGUAUUUGGCUACGAUGAUGCACCAGAAGGUCAUUGCGAAAUCAUUUACGAAAACGUUCGAGUGCCAGCGUCAAACAUUAUCGCUGGCUGGGGAAAAGGAUUUGAGGUUAUUCAGGGACGCCUUGGACCUGGUCGUAUUCACCACUGUAUGCGUUCGAUUGGUAUUGCUCAGAGAGCGCUCGAUUUGAUGCUUGAACGUGUUACCGAUGAGCGCAAGAAGCCUUUCGGAAAGGUUUUGGCCGAACAUGGCACCGUCGUUGCCAAUAUCGCCAAGUCCCGUGCUGAAAUCGAAGGUGCAAGGUUGUUGGUAUUGAGCGCUGCCCAUCAGAUUGACCAGUUCAAGGCCAAGGGGGCAUUGAAGGAGAUCGGUAUCGCCAAAUUUGUUGUUCCAGGGAUGGCGUUGCAGGUCGUUGACCGGGCGAUGCAAGUACAUGGUGCCGAAGGUAUUUCUCAAGAUACUCCUUUGGCAAAGUUAUGGGCCGGACUGCGUACACUCCGCUAUGCCGAUGGUCCCGAUGAGGUUCAUAUGCAACAAAUCGGUCAGCGUGAGCUAAAGAGGGCAGCGCGCAUCAGGGAAUUGAGCGCCGCUGCUCAGCGCAAGGAAGACCAACUUUGGAAAGCUGCUGGUAUCAAACCCAAGCUCUAA